UCUUUUUGGAGUUCUAUUCGAAAAGGGUUUUGUAUUUCGAUGAAUUCCUUCAUGGAUUUUGAUUUCUUGUUCUACUUUUUGCAUUUUGCUGCGCGAUUUUUUUCGAUCUUUAAAGAGGAAGUUUCAGUAACAUCUCUGUUCAUCUCCAUUGAUUCUAUCCGUCAAGCUUGAUUGUGGGAGCUUCGUGGAGUAUGGCCUGCAAUCUUCUCUCCUGUUGGGUUUGGCCAGGAAAAGGUCACGAGGCUCCCAAUGCAACUCCUGGUUCUUCUUCUGAUUCGCGCAUGGGGUUUAGGGAGCCGGAUCAUCUGCAAUUUGCAGCGGUAAAUGGGCGACGAAUCAAGAGGAAGUGGCAUAUUCUGGAGGAGCGGCAAAUAGAUAGGGAGUACGAUGUAGUCCUGGUGCCCUCAGAUGGAGGAUGCGUAUCGUGUUGCCAAUCUGAUGAGUCGGAUUGGUCCAUUGGCUGGUUGGAACCUCACGCCCCCGAAUUCCAGACUGAGAGAGAGACCGAAAACAGCUUCGCUGUCUUGGUCCCAUGCUAUGGACGUGGUCGCUACGAGCAGGUGGACAGCUCCAAGAAGCAUGUUUUGGGUGCUGUUGAUCUCCUGGAUGAGGAUUAUUCUGUGGCUUGCAGAACACUUCUCAGUAUGAAACAACUUUACAGUGGCCUGCAGAACACUUAUCAGCAUGAAACAAGUUGCUGACAGCUAGAGCUUGAUGUGUUUAUUAUAUUGUUCACCACAUCAAGAUCUUGGUGCUUCAGGCAAAGAACAAGGAAAAAAGAUGUUGAUUAAAGCAGAGCAAGAAAGGAGCUGUGGGAUGUUUGUGAAUACUCGGAGCAAAUCAUUCCUUGCAAGUUGCAAGAAAAGCAAGAGUGAAGGAAGCAGCAAAGAUAUGCAUCCGUAACAAAGAUUCAAAUCGAUUUGGGAACACUAAAGUUUGGCAAUAUGUGUUUAUUCUGUGUCUCCUUGCUUCCUGCCUUACAGCAAGAACUUCGCCAGCAUCAGACUCGGCCAUUGGGUGUAAAUAUAAUUCUUUUGUGUGUAUAUAUAUAUGGUAUCAUUUUUUGCUGUGAAUAUAUAUAUGUAUAUGUAACUAUGGAAUCCUUUUUUCGAUUUUUUUUCUGUAAAUAUUGUGGUUCAGGAAGGUUAGAACCCUUAUGGCCAA